AUGUCUAACCCGAACGACUACACAGUUGGAUGGAUAUGUGCAUUAAGCACAGAAUACGUUGCCGCACAAGAAUUCCUUGAUGAUGAGCAUGCACUGCUGGAUUUCGUGUCGCCUAAUGACACUAAUGACUACACAUUGGGCAGGCUUGGAAAACAUAAUGUCGUUAUAGCUGUGUUACCUGACGGUGAAUAUGGAACAGCCUCCGCUGCUACUGUAGCCACAAACAUGCUUAAUAGUUUCCUAAAUGCCAGGAUCGGCUUGAUGGUGGGUAUUGGUGGUGGAGCACUAAGUAGAAAGCAUGAUAUCCGUCUUGGAGAUAUUGUGGUUAGCGCGCCUCGUGACGGUGAGGGCGGUGUCCUUGAGUACAACUUUGCCCAGCACAAGCGGAAAGGGCAUCAGGGCGAAGACGCUAUUGGAUUUGUUCUCGAGAAAAAUCCAAGAUUAUGUCAGGAAUAUGCACGGCCGCAACCAAACACUGACAAGCUCUUUCAUCCCCAUGCCAUUCACAACUCAAGAGCCUGUGGGUUCUGUGUUCACAAUCCAUCAUAUGUGGUCGAGCGACGCGAGCGAGCAGAACAUGAGGAUAACCCAGCGAUCCACUAUGGCUUGGUGGCUUCUGCAAACCAGCUGAUGAAAGACGCUGUAAUCCGUGACCGACUUGCAGCAGAGAAGGGCGUUCUCUGUUUUGAAAUGGAAGCAGCGGGCUUGAUGAAUCAUUUCCUAUGCUUAGUCAUACGGGGGAUUUGUGACUACUCUGACUCUCACAAGAACAAAGAGUGGCAAGGAUAUGCGGCGAUGACUGCGGCUGCUUAUGCUAAAGACCUCCUCUCUCGCAUUUCGCCAAAUCGGGUGGAAGCUGAGAAGAGAAUCAGUGAUGUGCUUUCUUUAGUUAGAAAGGACAUAAAAGAAGUCCAUACUACUGCUCAAAAUACAAAAACGGCAAUUGAGAUCCUGGAUAAUGACCGACGGCGCGAGAAAGUGAUUGCGAAGCUGCCGUAUGCCAAGGGCUCCACAUUCGAUUCUUUUGAUGGAGUUCUUGAUCCACGAUGCCAUCCAGAAACAAGAAUUGCCCUACGUCGUCAAAUCAGAGAAUGGGCCGAAAAUGGACAAGGGAAGUCAAUAUUCUGGCUGAAAGGAAUAGCUGGAACAGGAAAAUCAACGAUUUCUCGAACAGUAGCCGAGUCCCUUCACAUGGAAGGAAAACUAGGAGCCAGUUUUUUCUUUAAAUGA